AUGCUCACCGUCAAGGCCGUCCAACCGAAGAAAGAACCCACCAGCAACAGCGGCGGCGCGAACCAAGACGGAGAGCCGCUGCUGCCGAGGGGCCUCGCGCACGACAUGAUCAACCUGGAGAUGGAGUCCUCGUUGGUCGGAGACCCCGGGCGGAAGCACCAAGCCGCGGCGAAGCCCAAGAGCCUCCUGGUGAUCCCCGUGGGGAUCAAGAACAAGGAGGUGGUCGACAAGCUCGUCUCCAAGUUCCACGCCGACGACUUCACCAUCAUGCUCUUCCACUACGACGGCGCGGUGGAGCAGUGGGGCAACAUGGAGUGGUCGGAGCGCGCGGUGCACAUGUCCGCCAAGGGCCAGACCAAGUGGUGGUUCGCCAAGCGGUUCCUGCAACUGGACGUGGUGGCGGAGUACAACUACAUCUUCGUCUGGGAUAAGGACAUCGAGGUCGAUGCCUUCGACCCCGUUCAGUACCUCGACGUCGUUCGGAGCACUAGUAGAGAACUGACUUUCGAUGUGCCCCCUUUUGUCCUAGUUUAA